UACUUAGCUCACAGGGGGAGGAGAGCGCUUCCGGAGGCGAAAAUGGGGCUGAGAAAAAGUGAGGAACCACUCUCAGGGCGAACGGUGCCUGUGAUCCUGCUCCUCUGUGUGUCGGGGGUGAGUGCAGAAACCAUCCGGUACUCUGUGCCUGAAGAGGCGGAGAGAGACUUCUUUGUGGCGAAUAUAGCAAAGGAUUUGGGACUCACGGCUGAGGAAUUAUCGGCUCGACGAGCCCGGCUCGUACCUGAAGGAGAACAGCAAUAUUUACAACUGAACCAGCACACUGGAGAUUUGUUUGUGCAAGAAAAGAUGGAUCGAGAGGCGCUGUGCGGGCAGAGCGAGCCUUGCCUGGUGAGGUUCGAGGUGUUGCUAGAAAGCCCACUGCAGUCCUUCCGAGCCGAGGUAAGCGUCAGCGAUAUAAACGAUCAUGCUCCCAUGUUCUUAAAUAGGGAGAUGAUUUUAAAGAUCCCGGAAAGUGCAAUGCCGGGAGCUCGAUUUUUGCUGGAAAGUGCUCAGGAUCCAGAUGUGGGGAAUAACAGUCUCCAGCACUACCACAUCAGUUCGAACGACUAUUUCCGUAUCUCCACCCUGCGGCGGAGUGACGGCAGGCGGUACGCCGGGCUGGUGCCGGGGAGGGAGGAGCGGGCAGAAGUCACCUUCAGCUUCACGGCUGUGGAUGGCGGGUCUCCACCGCGUUCUGGUACAUCCUUGAUCCGCGUGCAAGUUUUGGAUAUAAACGACAACAUCCCGGUAUUCACCAGGAGUCUAUAUAAAGUCCGAGUGCCUGAAAAUAGCGCUGAGGACACCUUAGUGGUGGGGGUGUCUGCUAGCGAUUUAGACGCAGGAAAGAACGGGGAAAUAGCGUACUCCAUCGUUCCAAAUUCAGAGGAGAAUCACCAGACUUUUAAAAUAAAUCCAGAGACAGGGCAGAUUCGACUCAAAAACCCAGUGGACUACGAAGAAACAAAGACCUACGAGAUAGAUGUCCAGGCCACGGAUGGAGGCGGCCUGUCCGCGCACUGCAAAGUUCUGGUGGAGGUCGUUGACGUGAACGACAAUGCCCCCGAGGUGACCAUCACCUCCCUCACCAGCCCCCUCUCGGAAGCAGCCCCACCGCAGACCGUGGUGGCCCUGUACAGCGUGCGGGACCGGGACUCGGGGGACAACGGCAGGACGAGCUGCGAGCUGCUGGGCGACCUACCUUUCAGCAUCGUGGCGCUGGCAGGAGAGUUUGCGAGCAGCCAGCGCAGGCGGGGUCCGCGGCUCUCUGCGGAGAGAAAGCAGAGCACGGGGGAGAUUGGCGGAGAGCAGCAGCGGCCGAAGCGGCCGCGCUGGGGUCGCUGCCGCGAGCUGGGGUGCCGGCGGGUGCCGGCGUGUGCCGGACGGGCAGGGAAGGAAGGGACCAUCUUCACCCACGCCUCCUACACAAUGGUGCUGCGCGAGAACGAGCCCGCGGGGACGAGCCUGGGCCUCGUGAGCGCGAUGGACGCGGAUGUGGGGAAGAACGCCCGCGUGAGCUACGCACUGGUGCCGCCCGAGCCUGGCGCCGCAACUGUGGCCUCCUUCGUGCGCCGGCGCUGGAGGAAAGCGCCGACAGCGGACUCGGGGCAGAACGCGUGGCUGUCGUACGAGCUGGCCAAGGCGACGGAGCCGGGGCUCUUCCGCGUGGGGCUGCACAGCGGCGAGGUGCGCACGGCGCGGGCCGUGGCGGAGCGGGACGCGGCCAGGCAGGGACUCGUCGUGCUCGUGAGGGACAGCGGCCAGCCGCCGCGCUCCUCCACCGUCACCCUCAGCCUCGCCCUGCUGGAGGGCUUUUCCGACGCCUUCCUGCAGCUUUCCCACGCUCCUGCGGGCAAACCGGAGGGCGACGGCGACGGCGACGGCGACGAGGAGAACCUGCUAGCCCCCUACCUCGUCGCUUCCUUGUGCUCCGUCUCCUCUCUCUUCCUCUUCGCCGCCGUCGCCUUUUCGGGGGCGAAGCUCUGCAAGGGUCGACUACGAGGAAGGCGUUCACCUGCCUCUGCGCACGGUUACGCCGCUGGCGAUGUCUGCAGUAGUUUUGCGGACGUGGCCGGCGCGGGCACUCUGUCGGCGGCUUACGGCUAUGAAGUGUGCUUGAGCACCGGCUCGGGGAAGAGCGCGUUGCAGCGCGUUCCUCUCCCCGGAGGACCGGGCAGGCGAUCCGCGAGACGCAGGGUGUCUGCCGGGCCCGACAUGGCGUCUGCAAGGCAAGUGCUUUGUCUCUGUGUUGUUCUCUCCGUGCCGCAUGUUCGCUCCGAGCCGCUUCGCUACUCGGUCGCCGAGGAGAGGGAGAGCGGCUCCCUGGUCGCUAAUGUCGCGAAGGACGUGGGGCUGGACCUGGCGCAGCUCUGGGCUCGCGAGGCCCGGCUUGUUUCGGAGGACGGCCGGCAGCAUUUUCGGUUAGACCGCAGGACCGGCCGCCUGGCCGUCAGGGAGAGGAUAGAUCGGGAAGAGAUCUGCGGCCAGUCCAUCACGUGCACGCUCUCCUUUGAGUUACUGCUGGGAAACCCCCUGCAGUUCUUUCGGAUCGAAGUGGCCGUAGAGGAUAUCAAUGACCAUUCGCCAGUUUUCCCGGAGGAACAAGUGACUUUAAAGAUCCUGGAGACGAGCGAGCCGGGGUCCCGCUUCCCGCUGGAGGGGGCUCGGGACCUGGAUGUUGGCAGCAACAGCCUGCAGGCUUACAGCAUCGCUCCCGAGAACGAGUAUUUCAGCGUCUCUUUCCGGAGUCAGAGUGAAGGCGACAGUUCCGUCGAAUUAGUCUUGGCCAAGCCGCUGGACAGAGAGGAGCAAGCGGAGAUUGGUUUCAGCCUCAUUGCCACGGACGGGGGCUCUCCGCCGCGGAGCGGGACGGCCCAGAUCCGCAUCGUUGUCCUGGACGUAAAUGACAACGCCCCUGUCUUCACGCAGGAACGGUACAGAGGCCAGGUUUUGGAAGACGCCCCGGAGGACUCCGUGGUUCUGCGCGUGGUCGCGACUGACGCGGAUGUGGGAGUUAACGGGGAGAUACGGUACUCGUUCAGUCAGGCGGUGGGGCACAGGCGCCCGGCGUUCAAGAUCGACGCCGUGACUGGUGACAUUCGUGUCACCCGGCCUCUGGAUUUCGAAGCGGCGGAGAAACACGAGCUGAGCGUGCGCGCCACAGACGGCGGGGGUCUCUCGGCGCUCUGCAAGGUGGUGGUGGAGGUGGUGGAUGUGAACGACAACGCGCCGGAGCUGGUGGUGAGUUCCUUCCGCAGCCCGCUCGCCGAGAGCGCGUCGCCCGGGACGGUGGUGGGCCUCUUUGUCGUUAAGGACCGGGACGCCGGGGACAACGGGAAGGUGGUCUGUUCCCUGGAAGACUCUGUGUCCCCUUUCUCCCUGAGGCCUGCCUAUAAGAAUUACUACGAGCUGGUGACAGCGAGCACCCUGGACCGGGAGCAGACGGCGCAGUACAUCCUCGCCGUCACGGCGGCCGACGCGGGGUCCCCGGCUCUCACGACCACGCAGACCUUCACGGUGGACGUCUCCGACGUCAAUGACAACGCGCCCGUGUUCAACCAGACGUCGUACACCAUGUACGUGCGCGAGAACAACGACCCGGCCGCGCUCGUCGGGGCCGUCCGCGCCGCGGACGAGGACGUGGGGCCCAACUCGAAGGUGACCUAUUCCCUGGCGCCGGCCCAGCCCGCGGAGCGGGCCCCGCGCUCCUACGUCUCCGUGAACUCCGAGAACGGGAACGUGUUUGUGCUGCGGCCGCUGGACUACGAGCAGGUGAGGCAGCUGGAGGUGGUGGUGAGCGCCGCCGACUCGGGCUCGCCGCCCCUCAGCGCCAACGUCACCGUCCGCAUCCUGGUGGUGGACGAAAACGACAACGCGCCCGUGGUCUUGCACCCCGCGCAGGACAGCUCGCCGCCGUCCAGCGAGCUGGUGCCCACGUCGGCCGAGGCGGGCUACCUCGUCACCAAAGUGGUCGCCGUCGACGCCGACUCGGGGCAGAAUUCGUGGCUCUCCUACCACCUGCUCAAGGCAACGGACCCCGGGCUGUUCGCCGUGGGGGCGCAAACCGGGGAGGUGCGGCUGAGGAGGCCGGUGACGGAGAGGGACACCGUG